GAAGUUUUAUCAGAAAGGUUGAUUCGUUCCUAGCAAUGGCUGUUAGCUCUCUAUGUGGCGAAGAAUCGAAAAGAAUGGGUAAAAUGAGUCUUAGUUAUAUUAAAGAUUCAAUAGUGAGGAAGAGUGGGAGGCAGAAGGGAUCUCGAGCUCAUGUGUGUUGCUGUGAAACAUCAGAAGAUGCAAAUGGCGAAACAGAUGAAUCUGAGAUGUCUUGUUCGAAGAAUGAUUUGUGUCUAGAAGGAAAUAGUGACAGGUGUAAAUGUGCAGGCAGACCAUUAGCCGAUAAACAUAAACUUGGUAUUUUUAAAAGCUUGAAAAAAAGAUUUCAGUUCAAAACAAACAUAGGUCCUAGGCCAAUGAAAUGCAAAUCAAAACACACAUUUAAAAGUGUAGAAUCGUCUAGUAAUUAUUCCGUUCCUUUGCGUGAAGAAUCUUUGAAUGAAGGGUUCACUUCUGCCAAUCCAAAGAAGUCAAAAGAAGGAACAAGGACUUUAUGUCCAGUGCCACCACCCCUCCGUUUUCUUAGAAGCUCAGGUAAUGACAAGAGUAGCACAGUAAGCCUGACAUCUUUGCAUGAACCAAGGGAAAGACUGUCUGGAGUACAUAAAGUUCCUGAUGUUGUUCAAAAUGUGUGCAGGUUCCAUAGUAUGUCACCAGAAAUGCAAACUGCUAGCAGCAACAUUAUAGCCUUACCAGCACUAAGAAGGAAUAUAGAUUCUGAGAAAGAUUUUCCAAGAAGGCUCAGUAGGACAGGCAACUGUGACACAGAAAGUUCAGGUUACACUGAAGCCCAUAAUUUUAUCUUGAAUGUAGAUGAAGAUGAGAUUGUGCAAUAUGAACCUUGUGACAUUGUCAGACACACCAUUGGUGAGGAUGAUGAACCAGUGCCUUGUUCCACUUCUCGGAGUUUGACCUGUGAAUUGUUUAAAUUGGCCAAGUAUGGUUGGUAUUGGGGUCCAAUCUCACGAGAAGAAGCUGAAGAAAAACUGCUGGACCUACCAGAUGGAGCAUUCCUGGUGCGUGACUCAUCAGCAGACCGUUACCUCCUAAGUGUGAGUUUUCGCAGUUCAGGAAAGACUUUUCAUACUCGCAUUGAACAUAGUUAUGGUCUGUUCAGCUUCUAUGCAACACCUGGAGGUGAAGGCUUUUCAAGCAUUGUUGAACUUAUUAAUCAUUCUAUGUCCUAUUCAGAAUCUGCUGUGUUUUGUUACUCUCGACCACGUGCUCCAGGUUACCCAGCAUUCCCUGUUCGGUUGGCUAGACCUGUGUCACGAUUUACACAAGUAAGAUCCCUCCAGUAUCUCUGCAGGUUCGUCAUACGCCAGUACACCAGAGUGGAUAAUAUACAGAAGCUCCCUCUGCCCAGUAGACUGAAAGGUUACAUUCAGGAAGGUCAUUAUUAGCUACAUUGUUUCUCUGUGACAGAAUUAGUGAGAUUUUAAUUUCAAAGAAUUAUCCAUAUUUUGUACAUAUUGUAUUAAAUUCUACACUGAAUGUUGGAACGUAUGUUAAAUUAUAAUUUGGAGAAGAUUUUUUUUUUAAAUUUAGGUUCCUCUUGACGAUUUGAUGGUAACUUUUGGCCAAAUCUGAGUUAAGAGUACUUCCCAUAAGUGGGAAUAAUGAUAAGUGGCUGUAAGGAUUUGUUUCUUAUAUUCAGUCAUCAAAUUAUUGUAGUAAAAGUUAUGUUUAUCAAAAGGGAAUCUUAAUUUUUAAAUGCAUCAACACAAAGUCCAUUAAUUAAGGAGUUAUCAGUUACAUGAAACAUAAUAAGAAAGGAAUGUACAAGAGCAAGGCCUCACACUUAGGAAGUUUGCAGUAUCAUGAAACAUCUUGUUUCAGACUACAUAUUAAUAUAUGUGAUGACUUGCUCUGGUAAGUAAUCUUGUCUUAUUAUAUUGUGGAUUUAAUUAAAUGUAAGUACUUUCAUAUUUUUAAGUAGAAAUGAGUUCGCUUUUAAUCUUAUCACUUCUCAGUUCUGUAUUAACAUGUAUUUUUUGUCCAGUUGUAGAAUUCUAGCAGUGAGAUAGACAAUGGUUGCAUUUAAAAUCUUGGCUGUUUUGUUCAAAGAGGCAGGUUGACUCAUAUAAUGGCAUCCUCCCUUGAAAAGUGAUGUAUAGUAUUCAUAUAAUCUGGCAGUAAAAAUACUUGUAGGACACAGGCAUCAGUUUGUUACAUCGAAUAUCAGUACAUUACGGUAUGUUUAACCCUUUGAAGCCAAAGGUCAUCUAAAUAAUAUUUAAGAAUUCAGUUUGUACUGCAAAGAAAACAUAAACACUUCACCGUUACAAAAAUCAACUUGUUAAUACUGUUUAAGGAAAUA